AUGGCGUUCUCGAAUCGCCGACAAUUUUCCAGCCCGUCAAUGCUGUCCCUCGUUGUCCUCCCCUUCCUAGUAUUCCUUCUCAGUUUCGCUGGACCAGCUUCUGCCGCCGGAUCGGCCGUCCUGGGAAUCGAUGUCGGUACAGAAUAUCUUAAGGCUGCGCUAGUGAAACCCGGUAUCCCGCUCGAAAUCGUCCUCACCAAAGAUUCGAAACGCAAAGAGUCCGCUGCUAUUGCAUUCAAGCCUACACGCGAGAGUGAUGCGCCAUUCCCCGAACGAUUCUAUGGCGGUGAUGCGCUUGCCCUCACUGCUCGCUACCCGGAUGACAUUUACAUCAAUCUGAAGACACUCCUGGGUGUGCAGUUCAACGAUGGCGCCGAUGAGACGGUCAAGAGCUAUUGGAACCGGUUCCCCGCUUUGAGACUAGAGACUGCCCCUGAUGGUCGUGGAUCUGUUGCUCUCCGCAGCAACCGAUUGGGAGAGGCGCAAAAGAAGGAAGCUUUCCUGGUCGAAGAAAUUCUGGCCAUGCAGUUGAAGCAGGUCAAGGCUAACGCUGAUGUGUUGGCUGGUAAGGGGUCUGAUAUUCGCGAUGUCGUCAUCACCUACCCUGCUUUCUACACCGCGGAGGAAAAGCGCAGCCUUGAAUUGGCGGCUGAGCUAGCAGGCCUCAAGAUUCAGGCUCUUGUCAGUGAUGCAUUGGCAGUUGGAUUGAACUACGCCACAAGCCGAACUUUCCCCAGUGUUUCUGAUGGCGAAAACCCCGAAUACCACGUCGUGUACGAUAUGGGUGCUGGGUCGACCACCGCCAGUGUGUUGCGGUUCCAGAGCCGCAAGGUUAAGGACGUCGGCAAGCUGAACAAGACUGUCCAGGAAGUUCAAGUUGUUGGAUCUGGUUGGGAUAAGUCACUUGGAGGCGACUCACUCAACGAUGUGAUUGUGAACGACAUGGUUGCCAAGUUGGCUGAAGAGAAGAAGCUGAAGGAUAAGGUCACACCCGCAGAAAUCAAGGCGCACGGAAAGACCAUGGCGAGACUCUGGAAGGAUGCCGAGAAGCUCCGACAGGUUCUGAGUGCCAACACCGAAACUUCCACCAGCUUUGAGGGGCUUUACGAUGAGAAUGUCAACUUCAAGUAUAAGAUCUCCCGUGCUACCUUCGAAAAGCUGGCAAUCGACUAUGUUUCUCGCAUUGGUACCCCGGUUGAGCAAGCCUUGGCAGCUGCCGGCAUCCAAUUGGACGACCUUGAAUCCGUUAUUCUCCACGGUGGUGCCAUUCGUACUCCUUUUGUGCAAAAGCAACUGGAGAGCUUUGUGGGCUCAUCGAAGAAGCUUCGGACAAAUGUCAACGCCGAUGAGUCUGCCGUUUUCGGUGCUGCUUUCAAGGGUGCCGCUCUCAGCCCAAGCUUCCGUGUCAAGGACAUCCGUGCUUCCGACGCUGCUUCAUACCCCGUCUCUCUUAAGUGGAACUCAGAUGGCAAGCAGAGAAACCAAAAGCUUUUCACCGCCACCUCACAGGUUGGCCCUGAGAAGCAGGUCACCGUGAAGAACCUCGAGGACUUCGAAUUCAGCUUCGCCCAACUUAUUGGCCAGACUGAAGAGCAACCUAUUCUUAGCGUUCAGACCCAGAACCUGACUGCGUCCGUUGCCAAGCUCAAGGAAUCUUUCGGCUGUACCGCUGCCAACAUUACCACCAAGUUUGCUAUUCGUCUCAGCCCCGUGGAUGGUCUCCCCGAAGUUGUGACUGGUACCGUCAGCUGUGAAGUUGAGUCCGAAAAGAAGGGAAUCGUCGAAGAUGUCAAGGGAUUCUUUGGCCUCGGCAAGAAGGACGAGCAGGACGUUCUUGGCGAGGAUGGCGAACCUCGUGAAUCGAUCACCCUCGAGCCUGAGACUGAGUCUUCGACAACCACUUCCGCCACCUCCAGCACCAAGACCACCACCACAUCAACCAAGGACGCGAAGCCGACCCCCUCAAGCAAACUCGAAGUCAUCCCAAUCAGCUUGAAGUCGGUGGUACUUGGAACCCCGGCCCCAUCUGCCGAAGAGCUUCUUCGUAUCAACAACCGUCUCAUUGCUUUCGAUACCUCGGACCGUGAACGUAUCCUGCGCGAGGAGGCCCUCAAUGAAUUGGAGGCCUUCAUCUACCGCAGCCGUGAUCUCACAGACAACGAAGAAUUCGGCAAGGCAAUCAAGGCCGAUCAGCUGACUGUUCUUGGCGAGCGUGUCUCCAGUGCCAGCGACUGGCUUUACGAGGAGAGUGACAAUGCCAAGACUGGCGAUUUCCAGUUGAAGCUCAAGGGCCUCAAGGAUAUCGUCAACCCCGCAUUGAAGCGCAUGAAAGAGAGCUCUACCCGCCCUGCCCGUGUCAAGUUGCUCCAGGAUCUGCUGAAGAAUGCGGAAUCCAUGAAGGACUUGAUCAAGAACCAGAUCGAAAGCGAUGAGCAGAUCUACUCCUCUGCCCUUACAUCUUCGACCACUUCGACUGAAACCGAGGUCCCAACCGAGACACCGGCUCCCGACGCAGGUCUUGAGGACCUCGAAGAGGACGCCUACUCCAGCUCUACAACUUCCACCAAGAGCUCCGCUGCUCCCAAGCCAACCGGCCCCAAGUACACGCUUUUCACACCCUCCGAUCUGACAUCUAUCAACCAGGCCAUUGACUCUACCGGCCCAUGGUUAGAAACCCAGCUCGGUCUGCAAGAGAAGCUCACCGAGUCUGACGACCCUGCUCUGACCGUUGUGGAGGUCGACUCUCGCCUGCGUGAGUUCGAGCGCAUCCUCAACCGCUUGUACGAGAGGAUGACAGCUGCCGCUGGACAGAAGAAGAGCAGCGGUGGUAAGAAGAACUCGAAGGACAAGAAGUCCGAAGAGAAGAAGAAGACCAAGGAGCAGAAGAAGGAGAAGGAAGACCUUCCUAAAGACGAGUUGUAA